UAAGGCCACUUCAUCUCCCGGGAGACCAGACAGUUAACAGCCCUAUGAAGACAUUCCCUUACAAGCUGUUAACUGGGUGGAUCUGUUAUUCUCCAUCAGAUAAGACCGCUCACACUACUAACGAUAGCUACCAGUAACCUCUCUCUCCAUCAUUAUGAGCGAGCCUAGUAACAUCUCCAACAUCCCAGUCGGGGGCUGGAACCUCACUAACCAGUUUGUCCAGCCGGUUUGGCUGCUCGCUCUCUGGACGGUAGCCUACAGUCUCGUACUGUUUGUCUCGGUGAGCGGGAACGUCAUCGUUGUCUGGAUCAUCCUCGCUCACAAACAGAUGCGGACAGUGACAAACUACUUCCUGUUGAACCUGGCUCUCGCGGACACUUCCAUGGCGGCCUUCAACUCGUUUGUGAACUUCAUUUACGCUGCGCACGGGGACUGGUACUUCGGGCUCGUCUACUGCAAGUUCCACAACUUCCUUCCUGUGACAGCGGUGUUCGCCAGCAUCUACUCCAUGGUGGCCAUCGCCGUGGACCGGUACAUGGCCAUCAUCCACCCACUCAAGCCGCGCCUCUCGGCAACGGUAACCAGGUCUGUGAUAGGCUGUAUCUGGGGUAUGGCCGUGGUACUAGCGUUCCCGCUGUGUUACUACUCAACCACCAGAAAGAUUGGACAGAGAACACUGUGUUACGUCUACUGGCCCCGCACUGCACAGGACUCAUUCAUGUAUCAUAUUAUAGUAGCAGUGUUGGUGUAUGUGCUGCCUCUAGUGGUGAUGGCUGGUACCUACAGUCUGGUGGGUAGGACACUUUGGGGCGGAGAGAUACCUGGUGACUCUAAAGAUAACUACCAUCUACAGAUACAAGCCAAGAGGAAGGUGGUGAAGAUGAUGAUGAUUGUGGUGGUAACAUUUGCAGUCUGCUGGCUCCCCUACCACCUCUACUUCAUGAUAACAGGACUCAACAGACAACUGAACAGAGUCAAGUCUAUACAACAGGUGUAUCUAUCAGUGUUGUGGCUGGCUAUGAGCUCCACCAUGUACAACCCUGUCAUCUACUGCUGUCUCAAUAGCAGGUUCCGUGCAGGGUUUAAGCGUGCAAUGCGCUGCUGUCCGUUUGUCCGUCUGUCUGAAUACGACCAGAUGGAACUACAUAGCGCCCGUUUCCAUGCCAACAGACAGAGCAGCAUCUACACCCUGAGCCGCUUCGAGUCCUGCUCCGCCGACCCACACAACGACCGCAGCGACAGGAGGAGGAGUCAGGGUGGUCGUCAUGGUAGCAUCGCACACAAUGGGGUGAAUCGUCACGGAACCCGACAUACACUCCUGACACACGCCAGUUACCACGGCAACCCCCGAGGGUCCACCUCCGCCACGGAGCUCACCUGAGAGGUUUGGACUUGAGACGAAGCGAACACACAAACAUACACACAAUUACUGAAACACACACCCCUACUGAAACACACACACACACCCCUACUGAAACACACACACACCCUUAUUGAAACACAAACAAACACACCUGGAUUCCAUAACAUAUAGGAAUUCCCAUUUCUGUUCCAUACCAAUAAGUAACUUGUAACCAGGUCUGUUCUGUCAGUUAUAUAGUCAGUUAACCUUCUGUUCUGUCAGUUAUAUAGUCAGUUAACCUUCUGUUCUGUCAGUUAAAUAGUCAGUUAAACCUUCUGUUCUGUCAGGUAUAUAGUCAGUUAACCCUUCUGUCAGUUAUAUAGUCAGUUAAACCUUCUGUUCUGUCAGGUAUAUAGUCAGUUAACCCUUCUGUUCUGUCAGGUAUAUAGUCAGUUAAACCUUCUGUUCUGU